GUGUCCUUUAAGAACAGGUGGGAUAUGGCUUUGUUUUCAUGAAUAAACUUUCAGCAGAUCACGGAGAAUGCCUGAAUAGUUCAUAUCAUCACCAUGACGAGAGAAGGCGUUGUUGUCGCCUCAGGAUUGCUCUUGGUCCUUCAUCUGACUGGUUUUCUGUUUGAGGACACAAUGAAUGACAAGUGUCGCCCGGGGUUUGUUCGAGUAGACCAGUGGUGCUUCUCGUUCCAUACAGAAUCUACCUCCAUGCUACAAUCCAGUGACGUAUGUCACCAACAUGGCGCUCACAUGGCGGUACUUGACUCUCAGGAAAAGGAGAAGGCUCUGACAGACUACAUUGAACAAAUGGGAUUUUUUGAUAUAUACCAGGAGAGAAAAGAACUGUAUAAAAUUGCUCAACAUGAGUGGGAUGUUCAAACAGAAAAAAAUAGAUUUUGUGAGGACUAUAAGUUACAUGGUAUUCAUAGUGAUAAAUACCGCCACAUACCUAAUGCAAAGAUUCCUAUAGGUUCCCCUCCACAUCUCAGAGCAAACCUCAGCACUCCACCAGGAUUUAGCAUCAAACUCUCCAACAUCCCUGGGGCCGGUUUUGGAGCUUGGACGGACGAGUUUGUCCCUCAAUACACUAUACUGGGUGUUUAUGAAGGUGUGAUCCACACCAGGGAAUCCGACUCGGACUUGUAUUCAUGGCAGGUGGACAAGCAGGGAAGUAACGGUACCUACGUCAUUGACGCCGCUGACCCGGCCUGUAGUAACUGGCUCAGGUUCGUGAACUCACCGACCACCCACACAGAGGAAAACGUCACCCCCGUACCCUGCGCCGGCAUCGUGUUCUAUAUGACGUCACGUGACGUGGAGCCGGGGACAGAACUGUUGGUCUGGUACGGUGACGGUUAUGGACGGUUUCUUGGAGUAAAUAGGAUUCAUCCCGAAUAUGACCUGAACGGUUCCGUGGCGUUACGUGCGAACGUGAUAACGUAUAUUGAUGACAAAGUUUUGGUGUUCGACAACUGGACGCCCGUAACGUAUCAGAACUGGUUCGACAACGUCGACGACGAGGGCGAAACGGUGCUGGACCAGAUGUUUGGUCUGUUGUUGACCUAUCACCAUGACAACAAGUGGUACUGGGUGGCUGAGCGUAACUAUACUUACUAUACAGGACACGAGGGGCUGAAGCUUCCCUUUAUCUGUGAAGAUUCCACAAAUAGCUCUGGAGUUGGAUGAGGUGUAACCUAAAUUAGCUAUAACUGAUAUAAUAUUUGACAUUUCUUUCUUGAUAUAUUCAGUUUGGAAAGUAUGUAAAAAAUUAUGAUUCUUAAUUAAUUUCUUUAGAAUAAUUUUAUUUAAGAAUGACUUGAACCUAUAGAUGGUAUUUAUGAGAGGGACAAACAAAGGCCUUGGUUUGUUAUCGAAAAUAAAGUAAAAAAGGGCAACUUCUUGUGUUGAAGGUAUAUUGUAUUACCAUAUAUGAUAAUUUUAAGCACUGGUGGAUUUAAAUGCACGGCUAACUUCACCAAAAUUUGCAUACUCUUUAAACAGUUGAGGAUUUUAUAUGCAUAUCGAUAAUUAAAUUUUGGAAAAAAUUGUACAGAGCAUAUCUCAAUUGUAGAUAUUUAAAUCAGAGGAAGGAUACAUUUGAAUCAAUUAUUCGUUUGGUGGAUCAAUUGGUGCAUUUACUGAAUUAUACUUUAUGCAAUUGCACAAAAAUCAUGCCGAAAAGAGAAACUUUAAUUGCGAAUUUUUUGUGAAGAUAGUGAUUCUAAACUUUCGAAGAGAUAACAAGAAUCGAUCUACAGAAAAUAAAACUGGUUUCAAAUAAUAUCCUCUUAAUUUUUUUCUCACAUUCCUUUUAAAAGCGAAAAAAAUCAUCGUAAAGGUAACUAAAAAAUAAGUAUUAUUGCACAGAUAUUUAUGUUAGCCGGGAAAUGUAGGUAUUUAU